AUGACCAACGAGGCUGCAGCCCCAGCGGUUACGGCCCCGGCGGUUGCCAAAGAUGUCGAGGAGAUCGACUCCGACAUCGAGUUCGUCUCGCAGCCAACCUUCACGGUGGACAUGCGGGAUGAGCUGAAAGAUGAGGAAGUGCGGCCAGAUGAUCUCGACGAUACUGAACGCCUGCCGAAGGAGUCUGAGGCUUGGCCUCAGCUUUUCCCGCCGGCCAACACCAGCGCGCAGUUGCGCCACGACGCGGAGAAAGCUGCCGCUGUGGCCAUGCAAGCUGGGGACUUCACCGGCGCCAUCAAUGUGUACACGGAGGCCAUGAGAAGUGGCGGCUCCAAUCCGCAGAUGCUCUGCACCCGCUCGGCGCUGCUGCUGAAGAUGAAGCGGCCCUGUGCAGCGAUCCGGGACUGCACAGCAGCGCUGAAGAUUAACAAUCACAUGGUGAAGGCUUACCGCCUUCGCGGCAUGGCGCAUCGUCGGCUCGGUCACUGGAAGAAGGCGUACCGGGACUUGACGGAGGCUCAGCACCUCAAGUUUGACCCCGACACGUCAGACAUGCACAAGCUCGUGGCCGGCAAGCUGGGCGUCACCGCCACCGGCCCCAAGACCCGAGAGGCCUCUCCAAGGAAGCGAAGCAAGGUGCGGGAGUCUCCUCCACCUCGGAUGUCUGUACCUGAUCCGAUCAUCCCUGAGCUGCAUUUUCCUGCGCCGGUGGCUGCUCCUGAGCCCCCGCUGGAGAAGGGGCAGGCGGUGCUCCUCGUCGGCCUGCAAAGGGCUCCACAGCUGAACGGGCGGCGCGGUGUGGUGGAGCGGGAGGAUCCGCGGCCGGCAUCCAAGGGACGCUGGGAAGUGGAGAUCCGUUUGGAUGGCGGUGCCCUGGAAGUCAAGUCCAUCAAGCGCGAGAACAUUCAGACUUUGAACAAGGUCGAUCGCGAAGCGUGCAAGGCUUGGGCCAAAGCCGAGAAGAUGCACAAGGAAGCAAGGGACAGGCGAGAGCAGCAGGAGGCUGGGCAUAUCAGCCGUUCAAUCUCAAGGGGCUCUCUUUCUUAG